AUGCUACUAGCCGUGCACGCUACACGAUUAGGUACGCGAUUCUUAGUGUCAUUGGAUGAACGACGUAGUGUACGUUACGCGAAGUUGUUGGCGUGCGGGAUUCGUAUCUCAGAUUACACGCAAGUCACCGGGCAAACCGAUCUUAUCGGCAUAACGAACGUGAAGUUAAAAGUUGUUUCUGGGCAAGCGGGUCUUCAUCGUCUGUCAGAAUACACGCCUCAUCUGACAACCCUGACUUUGGACGGCAGCUGCAUUGCCACGUUGCGUGAUCUAGGAUCCAGUUUGAAAUCCUUGUCGACUCUGAGCGUAGCCAGAUGUAGUAUGAAGCAUUUGGACGGCGUCUGGGGAUUUCGAAGCCUUCAGGAGCUGAACGCUAGAGACAACUUCAUAUCGGAUCCUUCGCCCUGUUCCGGUGUUCGGAAAUUGUCCAAACUUGACCUGAGCAACAAUCAAAUCACAAACCUUUCCUACUUCGCCUUUUUACGAUCCUGUCAUCAGCUCAAGGAACUUCACGUUGCUGGGAAUAAUUUUUCUAACUACAAAACGGAGAUAACAACGUUCCUUCCGCAAGUACGAGUCCUCGAUGGUGAAGAACUGGAGGAUCGUCAUCGGCAUUCGCAUGUUACCGAAGAAGGGUUAGCCAUGAAAAUUGAAGAUCAAAGCUCGGAAGAGGAAAGUAUAACGUCGCUUUCGGCAGAGGACGUUGAUCCUGACGAGACGGUAGGUUGCUGGUAUAAAAUCGUGUGAAACUAGCAAGCUUAAUAUAAAUUUGAUUCUGGGAAAUGUCACUUUACAACUUUCUCAAUAUACGCAAGAUGAAAAGAGAGAAAAGUGAGGCGGUAGAAAAAAUC